CACCGCCAUAGAACUCAACAGUUACACCGACCUGUUCAACACUAUACUUCGAUUCUGCUCUUCGAAAAGGAACAUCGGCUCUAACAAUUCCGUCUCCGUCUACCAAAACAACCGGAAAUGUUUCAAAAAAGGUCGGCAUACGGCGUACAAAAAGUUCGCGCCCUUCUUUAUCUCUAAAAACAGGGUGUCCUAACCACCCAACAGCUAUUCCAUCCCCGUUGUCCAUGGAACCCGCUCUGAAUAAUCCACCUUUUGCGGGAUUAUUCCCGAUAUAAUCAUAAAAAGCUAAUUUUUCAGGAAUUUUAGACCAAGCUUCUGAUAAACUUUGAUUUUCGGCUAACCCGGCACUAACUCUUCGAUAUAUUUCUUGCUGGAAGUAUCCCUGAUCCCAUUGAUAACGAGUGGGCCCAAAUUAACCAUGUUAAAUUGUCUUUGCUUACCAAGGCUAAAAAUGUCAAUUAAAAGAAAAAGGAGAAACCUAGCCUAAACUUCUUCUUCCUCUUUACCUCGUAACCGCCGAACCCCCCUUCUCUUCAGAUCUUCUUCGCCGGCAACCUCCAUGAGCAGCAGUCGACGACCACGGAGGUAGUCGCCACCCUCUCUACCACACGUUGACGACAUUACCCACACAACAAACCCACGCAUUUGAGAUGUCUCUCUUCCUUGACGGCUUACAAACCCAAGUCGACGACCCCGUUCCUCCGGCGACUGACACAAGUAGACACCUACAUGGACGGUGAGUGUUCUUCCUCGAUGAUCUAGUUACUCGCCAGUGGGUUUUUGACCCACGGAUCUGACGUGUAUCAUGAGUACGACUUCGAACGGCUGCGCCUGGUCUUCAUAGCAUUCUUUCUCCCCGUUUUGACGAGUUCUGACAUUGACACACGUUACAAGGAAUCAGUUCCCAGCUGGAAUGAUGUUGGCAGGAACCGAGAAUGAAUAGCAGAGAACUUCACUGCCUUGCGUUAUUCAGGAAAUGCAGAUCUCUUAGAAUCGUGAAGCAAAUCCACGCAUUUACAUUCAAAAUAGGCUUAAAUUCCGAUCCAUUAGUCGCUGGAAAGCUUCUUCUACAUUGUGCAGUCACACUUCCUGAUUCUAUUCACUAUGCUCGACGCGUCUUCCUUGACAUUCGAAACCCAGAUGUGUUCAUGUACAACACUCUCAUCCGUGGCCUUUCCGAUUCUGAAACUCCCUCCAGUGCCCUUCAACUGUUUGUUGAAAUGCGUCGCAAAUCCAUGGCUCUACCCGACAGCUUCUCUUUUGCUUUUUUGCUCAAAGCCGCCGCCUGUUGUAGGGCUCUGACCAAUGGGUUGCAAUUACAUUGCCAAGCUAUUGGUUAUGGCCUGGAUACCCAUCUUUUUGUUGGGACAACGCUGAUUAGCAUGUAUGCUGAAUGUUCAAGUUUGGCCUUUGCACGGAAGGUGUUUGAUGAAAUGAUUGAACCGAAUAUUGUUGCUUGGAAUGCCAUUGUUGCUGCGUGUUUUAGGUGUGAGGACAUUGAGAAUGCUGAGCAAGUGUUUCUUCGUAUUCCCAUUAGAAAUUUGACUUCGUGGAACAUCAUGCUUGCAGGGUACACAAAAGCAGGUGAGCUUGGGUUAGCUAGAGAGGUAUUUAUGAAAAUGCCUGUGAAAGAUGACGUUUCGUGGAGUAGUAUGAUUGUUGGGUUCACUCAUAAUGGCGACUUUAACAAUGCUUACGCAUUUUUCAGGGAUAUGCGACGGGAAGGGAUGAGACCAAAUGAGGUAAGUCUCACAGGUGUGCUUUCUGCAUGUGCACAAGCUGGGGCAUUCGAGUUUGCAAAAAUCUUACAUGGGUUUGUUGAAAAAUCUGGCUUUCUGCAGAUUAUUUCAGUGAAUAAUGCACUGAUUGAUACUUACUCUAAAUGUGGGAAUUUGGAUAUGGCUUGUUUGGUCUUUGAUAAUAUGCUGGAAAGGAGCGCCGUCUCUUGGACAGCCAUGAUUGCGGGGCUCGCAAUGCAUGGCUACGGGGAGGAAGCAAUCAGAUUAUUUAAGGAGAUGGAAGAGUCUAAUAUUAAGCCCGAUGGCAUUACCUUCAUAUCCAUCUUGUAUGCUUGUAGCCACGCCGGAUUAGUUGAUUUGGGAUGUUCUUAUUUUUCUAGGAUGGUAAAUAUUUACGGUAUUGAACCCGUCAUUGAACAUUAUGGUUGCAUAGUUGAUCUUUAUGGUCGAGCUGGUAAGCUGCAGCAAGCUUUUGACUUUGUGUGUCAAAUGCCAAUUUUACCGAAUGAUAUUGUCUGGAGGACUCUUCUUGGAGCUUGUAGCAUUCAUGGUAGCUUAGAUUUGGCAGGACAAGUAAAGAGACAACUCUCCAAACUUGACCCCGAAAAUUCUGGAGAUCAUGUUCUUUUGUCAAACAUUUAUGCUGUUGCAGGGAAAUGGAAGGAUGUUGACACUAUAAGAAGAUCAAUGACCCACCAUAGACUUAAGAAAACUCCAGGUUGGAGCAUGAUCGAAGUUGAUAGAAUCACAUAUAGUUUUGUUGCAGGAGAAAAGCAAAACGACAUUGCAGUAGAGGCACAUCAAAAGCUAAGGGAGGUAAUGUCAAGACUAAGGAUAGAAGGAGGUUAUGUACCAGAAGUUGGAAGUGUAUUGCAUGAUAUAGAAAUAGAAGAGAAGGAAGACUCUGUUUCACAGCACAGUGAAAAACUAGCAGUAGCUUUUGGGAUAGUGAGGCUACCGAGAGGAAGAGCCAUAAGAGUGGUGAAGAAUUUAAGAAUUUGUAGGGACUGUCACACUGUAAUGAAGCUGAUUUCUAAGGUCUAUGAAGUAGAAAUUGUGGUGAGAGAUAGAAGUCGCUUCCACUCUUUCACACAUGGUUCUUGUUCCUGCAGAGAUUACUGGUAAUUAGUCAAGAAAACUACACUUGAAAUUAGCAUCCUAUGUCAAAAGGGGAAAGCCUGCUAAUGAGCUAAUGUUAGAAUCGAACCAGAAACUAAUAGCACUGCUUAAUCAAUGGAAGUGCCAUAGAACUUUGGUAGCAAAAGUUAGCAAGACCAAUGAAUAUUGAAAGUAAUAUAUUCUUAGAAUGUUACAAUAAAGGGAAUUCAAAUCUAUAGGGUAAAAAAAACUGAACGGUUCCGUAGCUUGUUGGCUUAGAGAUUGGACUAAAAUUCAAUCUAUAGGGUAAAAAAGGAGGCACUAAUGUUUGAGCGUGUGAACCAUA